AUGCAUUGCCUGUCAACCUUCGCUACCCCCGCGCUUGUCGCGGUAGGCUUACUGGCCGGCACUGGUCUUGCUGCUGACGAGUGUAAAUGCACGCCGACGGAGCCCUGCUGGCCAUCGACCAAAUCCUGGAACUCGUUGAACUCGACAUUGGAUGGGCGCCUUAUCCAUUACACCCCACCGGCGGCUGUCUGCUACCCCUCUCAUGCCAACUACAACAAAACUGCCUGCGACUCAGUCAUUCGAGAUUGGUCCAAAUCAACCUUCCACUCGGGCGACCCAGCAAGUAUUCACACCGAAUGGGGUAAUGCUGGUUGCCUCCCAAUUUACGAAAAUGGAACCAGCAUUUUUGGAGAUCCUGACGCAGGGGAGCGAGGCUGUUCCAACGGCCCUCUGCCGGCUUACGUUGUCAAUGCUACCACGACGAACCAUGUCCAAGCGGCGCUGGAUUUCGCUACCAAGAACAACUUGAGGUUGACCAUUAAGAAUACCGGACACAAUGGUGCGGGAAGAAAUGUGGGAAACAACAGUCUAUCGAUCUGGACUCACAACAUGAAGGGUAUUCAACUACACGAUAAGUUCAAGCCAUCAUGUCCUAGCGACAAAAGCACCCCAGACUCUCGCAUGGCAGCUACUGUAGGCGCCGGUAUUCAAGACGGAGAGCUUUUCGAAACCCUGGCGUCCCUAGAUGUCAUGGCAGUUGGUGGUACCAGCAAGGAUGUUGGAGUAACUGGAUGGGCUACCGGAGGUGGCCAUGGUUUCAUGACUGGCCUGUACGGCCGGGGAGCAGACAACAUCCUGGAAGCAGAGCUUGUUAUACCCUCAGGCGAAGUCUUGACAGUCAAUGAGUGUCAGAACCAGGAUCUCUUCUGGGCCAUCCGCGGUGGAGGUGGUGGUGCCUUUGGAGUUAUCACAAAAAUGACCGUGAAAGCAUACCCAGCACCGAAAUUGGUAAUGGGCAGUUUCGAUAUUGCUGCCUACAGUAACACAACAUCGGACGCUUGGUACAGACUCGUUGCCGAGAUCCACGCCCUCUUCCCCGCUAUGCAAGAUGCUGGCAUCGCAGGAUAUUAUACCAUGGAAGGGCCUCCGUCAGUCGAUGUACUGACAUUUAGCGGUUCGCUCAUUCUGUUUGAUGGGUCCAACAAGACCUAUGACCAAGCCAUGGAGCCAUUCAGGAAACUGUUAAACGCAUCAAGCGGCGCGGUCAAUGGAACCAUUAGCAGACUUCCGAUUAACUCUUGGAAAGAGCUGCUCGAGACUCUACCAACCAUCGGAUCUGUCGAUGGAGGCCACAGCGUUAGGGCCUCGCGGUUGAUUUCGAGACACACUGUUGCGGAAAAUAUUCAAGAGUUUGCAUCCGUGUACAAAGAGAUUGGGCCAAGCCGAAAAGUACCAUCGAACGGCCUGCCCAACCCUUCCAUCUCCGGCACUCUCACUAUUAGCCACAAAGCUGUCAACAACUCGCUAAACCCCGCUUGGCGCAACGCGACUGUUCAUCUGAUUACGGCACAAUCUUGGCCCAAGUCGUUCAACGAGUCUCAGAUUAGGAGCGUUGUUCACGAUAUGACAUAUCGUAAACUGAAUACGCUGAGACAACUCGAUCCUAACUCAGCAGCGUAUAUCAAUGAGGCAAACCCCAUCGAACCUGGCUGGCAGUGGUCGUUCUACGGACCAAAUUACGCUCGUCUCCGCGAGAUCAAAGACUACUACGACCCCGAAGGUCUUCUAUGGUGUCCUCAGUGCGUUGGUAGUGAGGAUUGGCUGCAGCAACAAGAUGGAAAACUCUGCCGACCGUUUGCAACGUGGUAG